UGCGCAUCGCCCCCACUCCUCUCGCCGGCGACUCGCAGCCCGCGUCGCCAGUCUCCAACGAACACUCGUAGCGCGUCGAUGCCGCGUUGCCGUCCGGUCUUUCGGACAUCGCGCAACCCUGCGCUGAGUUUUUCGCUCUCCGCCGCGCGCCUGGCGCCCGCGGACAGAAUUCCCGCGGGGCCGAUUCGCGAGCCCGACUCGAGGGUGCCAAUCGUCGGCGGGUCCCCGACGGAGCCGCCGCUCUUCGGUGAUUUGUUUUGACACGUGUGUGGGCUGCCAUAUUGGAUUACCGCAUCGCCCAGGACGCGGCCACGCGCGAGCUCGCGCUAGACGAGAGGAAGGGAGGCCCUAUCGGUUAACAAAGAUGGACCACGAGCCGGUGACAAAGUGGCACAGUUAAGGUUGGGUCGUUGAUGCCUGAUGGCGCGCGCUGGCACACAGCGCUGGAGAAAUCCUGCUCCAGAAGGUGACGAUGUGCAGCGAUCGAUCGAGCUUCUGGACAAAGUGCUCUCAGAGUACGACGAGCACGAGGCCGAGGGCGAGGGAGGCGGUGGCGUCGGGGGCGGAGGCGUCGGGGGCGUCGGAGGCGUCGGAGGCGUCGGCCCUGGCGAUUGCGGCAGCAGCACCGAGCCCAGUAUCGGUCUCACGCCCGACGACGAGAGCCCGUCCUUAGGGCACCAGUCCGAGGACGACGGAUACAUGAGCAUGAAUGGAAGGAAAGCGAAGAUGGCGCUGGUGGCCCUGCGUCCGGUCCCGGACUGUCCGGAGCCACAGGAUCCCGCGGGAGCGCCGACCCAGGAGUUCCCGCCGCCCCCCGAGGAGGCCGAGCGCAUCAUCUCCACUCUCCUCCCCAUGGUUUCUCCUGGAAACUCGUCAAAGAGGAAUGCACAGCCUUCUGGACGUCGGCAACAACAUAGUGGUCGGCAACAAUGGAUGGUUGCGAUGGAGGAGGGUAUACGUCGUGGGCAUGCUGCCACCACACAGACUACUCUCCCCAAGACCAGACAUCAGAGGCCCUACGGCUGGGAAAACGGAAACGUGGAGCCGUUCCAUCUGGCGGAGCCACCCAGUCCUCCCAGCAAGUUCGCGAGUCUGCCGUAUGACGGUAAGGUGUCCUUCAAUUGGAUUCCACCUAGAACCAACCCAAGUGCCGUCGAGAAACACCGAGAGGUGAGGCGACGCUCAUCCGAAGAAGGACUCGACAAAAGACACCAAAGUCCCGACAAAGACCGCGCUUCGAAUUUGCGCAAACAACGACAGAACGAGAUCAUGAAGUCCAGCAGCGUGGAAGACCGACUGCUAAUGAACAGCCAAACGGAGCGCGAGUCCAGGAGAAGGAACAACUCGGACUCCAGUGAGGGCAGAUUCUCGCGCAACUCGGAGUCCGAGAGGUCCUCCAUUCCGAGGUCGAGUUCAGUAAGUGUCGAAAGAUUCUCCAUGAGAGCCAACUGCGACUCUUCGGACUUCUCGCGAACCAACUCGACCUCCAAUGAGAGAUUCCACUCGGACUUCUCGAUAGCAGUAGCCAGCGCCAGCUCCAACGAUCACGUUUCCAUCCCCUCGUCGGAUCCGUUUUCCAUACGAAACCUUGACUUCUCUUUCUCUCUACCGCGGGCCGACUUCAGCGACAGGUUCUCCUCGAGGACGUCCGACCACUGUUCGGAAGAGCGGUAUUCGGAUAUGUUCUCCACCCGCAACUCGGACCUGUUCACCAGAAACUCAACGGACUCUAGGACGCAGUCCGAGGAGGUGGAGCAUUUCUCGGACGACUCAUUGGAGGAGCUGCUCCCACCGAUCGGUAAGAGGCACUCCAUCGCCUGGGAGGUGUCUCUCGAGGACGAUCCUCUCUAUGCACCUGGUAGCACCAAGGUCGUGGGGAGGAGACGACGAAAGAGUAGCGACAUGUCCAGUGUGGGCUCUGCCUCGAAGCUGAGGGACUUCGACGACUGGCCAGAUCCGCGUCUUUCGACUACGGACGACGACAUCAUCUCGCCGUACUCCGAUUCCUCGACGAACGAUCUGGACCAGAUUCGUCCUCAAGAUCUCACCAAGAACGGUACAUAUGUCAUACGCCGUGGACGCAAGAAGGAACGCAAAGUCCUACCAAAGACUCCUACCAAGACGAAGAGUUUGUCGUUUGACAACUGCGAUGAAAAGAAACCGGCGGACGGUAAGCGGUAUUCCAGUACGUUUGACAACAUCAAGAGCCUCUUAAAAGAGGGUAAGUUGGAAGGUCUUGACGAACCUCCCGAGGAAUUCUCCGCCACGGUGCCACCGGAUUUAAUACGCGUGGUAUCGCUCCCGGCCAUCAACAACGACGCUGGAAACAGAGCUCAACUAGAGAUCACCGUUGAGGAGGAGGAAGCGUCCGAUAUGUCUGACAAGGAUAAGGAACGGGUAGACACGGAGAUGCCGGACACUCCUCCUUCUCCCAUCUUGGACGAUAAAGCGGAUUCUUUUCUAAGAAGAACCAGAGAGUGUAAUGGUGUGUCCACCUCCAUACCGAUCUCCAAAAGCUUGGAUGCCAAAAUCCCAGUGAACCUCUUAAUGGAAGAUCAAGGCCCAAAGAAAUCACCGAACGAUCACCGUCUCGAUACCAAAAUUCCGGUGAACAUUCUGAUAGAGGACCAGAUAGUUAAAAAGGCAUUGAACGAAAAUCGCAGACAGUUGGAGAAGGUCAGUGACGCUAUUAAGGAGAUCGAGAACGUGAAGAAUAGCGAGUCUUAUGAGAGCAAACGAUGGAGAAACGGCGAUGUCAAGACAAGCUCUAAAAGAAAUAGUUACGAGAAUGAUUCCGAUAGAAAGACUCUCGAUACUUCUUUCGACAACCGACCAAAAAAACAGCACAGUUCCGAUUCGGAAACAUCGAAAACUAGCUCUGAAACCGAUUUUGAUAGGCGGAAACCUAAUGGUAACGAGAUUUAUUCAUCGGGAAGGAGGCUUCGGCAAAACGGGAUUGAAAACCACAAGAACGAUCAAAAGCAAAUCGAGAAUGUGAUCGACGCCAUUCUUGAAGACUCCAAAAACCCGGAUUUUCAGGUUAACGUUGAUGUGCUUGAAUUUCCGCCUUUACCCCCUUCCCCUGUGGAAGAAGCUGAUGAGGAAAGUUCUGACGUGGGAAAUACUGCCGUGAUAUCUACAAAAACUAAAAGUCAUACUAACAGAACAAUGGAGUACAGACCUAGAGUACCACCUCAUCGUGGACCUGUUGGGGACGCCAAGGAUCACCAAGUGUCACUUAACACAAGAUCAAUGGACGCUGGGUUCUCCAGAGGUCGUCGUACACCUGCUGCGAAUUCUAGACGAGAGGUACCCGUGGAGAGAAGGACAUUACCAACAGACUUGCCAGGACCAUCGAGACGACGGCCAUUCUCAAAAAGACACUCUCCUUCUGCGGAAGCAUGCUCCUCGGGCGGAAGUGGCGGCGGCGUCAUCGGUAGUGUUGCAGCGAGCUCCGGGAUGCAAACGUCUUGUUCACUUCCGGAAACGCCGGUCUUUGCUCGAGGCAGCGACAUACCCCGAACGCCUCAACACGCCGGAAAUCCUACGCAGACUCGACGACAGCCUGGAUGGUACGCUCCCACUACAGUUACCACUGGGUACCGUCGAAACAAUCCAGGCCUAGAGCAAGCUAUAAUCGGCACGGAGCUCCUGCGACUGGCAGGUGGUCCCAACAGGGGAUGGUAUCCCACAAGAAAAGCAAAUCAGCCAAGACCGGCCUCGAUCGAGCAUCUGGAGCGUCUCAAUAAUGCUUACGACGCCAGACUGCCCUGCUCCGGGGACCAGAGGAAACCUCUGACUCUUCCCACGAACAUCACGCCCAACAAAUACUUCGGCCAAAGUAAGCACAGCUCCUCCUCCAGCACUCGCGAGGCGCUACGGAGGGUCACUAGCUUGCUCAUCAAGAAAG